AUGGCAGAACGUGAUGCAGUUAACGCUAUAUAUGAACAAAUUGAUACAAAUCGAGAUGGAAAUAUUUAUAAAAAUGAACUGCAUCAAUGGAUUUCCAAUGCAGAAGAAUUGCCUUCUACAUCAUAUGAAUUUUGUACUACUGAACAUAAUUUUAAUGAUAAUAUCAGCAGUCAUUUUGAUCUAAAUGACUACAAAGUUAAUUGUCCGAAUACUUCGGAAUCUACGGCUGAUAAAUAUACUCCAUAUGAAACUACAACAGUAGCUAGGGAGUUGAUUGAUGAUACGGUGGUUCAUACAAAUAGUUUGGAAGAAACAAAUGAAUAUCUUGAAAGAUCAGCUAACAAUAUCUAUAAGGAUCCUAAUCCACAAAUUAUUCAACUAGCAACAACGGACCAUCCAGCAGCAUAUGAACAACGAAUUUUUGUUAGAUAUCUUCAACCACCAGCUCCGCCACCACCAGGACCACUCAUUAUUAAAGAAGUGCGCCUAUCACAACUACCAUCACAUCGAUCACUUUGCAUACGCAAACAUGUAUCAUCUCUUUGUUCACCAUCGUCACUUAUCUUCCGUGAACGGCCACCCACGUCACCGCCAUAUAGUUCCAAUGAAACAAUUACUCGUUAUUCAUCUGCUAUACCUGUUCGACCACGAUCAGCUGGCAUCGAGCACUUUUCAACUCUUCCAGAAGAACCACGCGAUAUUGUAACUGAACGAUGGGUUUCCUAUGAACCUCGACCUGAACGUUAUACAAUUGUUGAAACUGCUCCUUCUGCUACAAAAUCCUCGAAACCGCGUAAUACAAUUGUUGUGUAUGGAGAUGAUGAAGCACGCACAGUCCGACAAUGCCAAAACCUUGGUAUUAUUCAAGAAAAUCCUGUCGAUUAUGUAGUUCGUUAUUGGGAACCACUUUUAGGUUCAGAGACACUUGUUCAACAGGCUCGCAAUGCUGGUGUUAUUGAAGAUAUAGUAAAAUAUUUUUCAAAAAAAUCUUCAGCAAAAAUAGUAUACAGAGUGUCUGACAAGUAG